UCAAGAUCCUGCUGUAGAGAGGGUUAAUUUUACACCCAAGUCCAAAUUUCUGACCAGCUGUACGUUCAAUUUGCAACCGCUCGAAUAUAUUUCGUCUCCGCAUUCUUCGCGCGUUUUGCGAUGCUUCGCUUGACGAACUGGAACAUCUGCUGUUACGCGGUCAAAGUUUAUUUCUGAAAAAAUUUCCAAGAUAAGACUUGCAUGCUGAUUGGUUGAAGCGAGUACGAACUUCAAAUCCCCGGAUCAAGGACCGCAGACCAACCCGAGAGGUGGGGUAUAAUGAGAUGUCAGAAUCGAGGAAGAAAUUAGAAACGUGUGGACGUAAUGAGAGCACUAGCACUCGGCUGCUUUUUAAUCGUGUUGGUCAACUAGUCCACCAUGAAGACGAGAGUACUGUUUGUAGUUUUUCUGCAGACCAAGUCUUGAGUUAACCCGGCGAGGGAUAGAAGCACUAGAACGCAAGGGGCGGGGCUGGGGAAAGAUAAUGACUCGUAGCAAAAAAUAAACGUCUGUGGGCAGACUAUCUCGAGACUAUUCUGUUUGUCGAUCCGUUUCCUAAGCGAUACUCUCGCCGAUCUUGAAACGACGAACAAUAGAAAACGGAUUUUUGAGAACCAUUUAAAACUAUAAAUGGCAGACAAUGUUGGUUAACCCUAAGCAGAAGGUUAUAAUCUUAGCGUUAUAAACUUCUGCCUCAAAGAAUUAAAGUUAUUUAAUGACGAGAAAGGCAACUUUCUGGGAUCUUGUGAUCUGAGAGAUCAAUGAGGCUUGGGGGUAGCUCGAGACCCGUCACAGACUCGUACGCUGAUUACGUGUUUUUGGCCGAGAGAUGAUUGGAUACUAAGGUGGAUUAAAACGCGCGAGGAGUUAUGGGAAGGAUCGACCCUUCCCAUGACACCUCGCACGUAUUCACAAUUAGUGAGGCUUUGCGGAAAUUAAAGUAUAUUGCUAAGUCACUGAAAUAUGAUGAUAUACGCAUGCACAAUGUAUAAGAGUCUAACAUUAACAGACUAGGCUGACUACUUUCCGUCUACUUUUAAGACGAAAGCCAACCUUCUUGGUUCAUUCGAUAAAGGGCAGUCGGAAAGACCUGAGCACAGUAAAAGGAUAAAAAGGCAAAACCAGGUAACCAGUUCAAGUGGUCGACAAGGAUAAAAAGCCGAGCCAAAUGACAGGAAGGAAGCUGGAUAUCGUAGAGUGCCUAAAGGUCGGUCUUGACGCCGCAAGAGAAGCAGAAGAAAAGAUAAAAGAAGGACGUAUCUACGGUAAGCUUGGUAUUGUAUGUAAUCGCCGUGGUGAUUUUAGGCAAGCCAUAGACUACCACGCGAAAGCACUUGCCACUGCAGAAGAAGUAGCCGACCGGGUUGGCGAGGGGAAUGCCUAUUGCAAUCUUGGCGAUGAUUAUCAGUGUAUCGGUGAUUACAAACAAGCGUUGGAGUACCAUGAGAAAAAUCUCAAAAUUGUUGAAGAACUAGAGGACAGAAAGGGGGUGGGAGUUGCAUAUGGCAAUCUUGGCAUUUGUUAUCAGAAUUUCGGUGACCAACAAAAAGCCAUAGAUCACUACAAUAAAAGUCUUAGUAUUGCUAUAGAAGUGAAAGACAGGGCAGGCGAGGGGAGGGCCUAUGGCAAUCUUGGCAAUUCUUAUCACAAACUCGGUGAUUUUCAAAACGCCAUUGAGUACCACAAGAAAGAUUUUGCCAUUUCAAAAGAAGUUGGCGACAAGAAUGGAGAGGGAUGUGCUUAUGGCAAUCUUGGCAUCGCGUAUCGUUGCCUGGGUGAUUUUAACCAAGCUCUGAAUUACCACAAGCUUCGCCUUAACAUUGCAAAGGAAGUCGGAAAUAGGGCUGGAGAAGGACGUGCAUAUUGCAGUAUUGCCUGUGUUUAUCGUAGCAUGGGUAAUUUUAAGGAAGCUUUAAAUUAUCAUAAGGAAGACCUGAGAAUUGCUGAAGAAGGGGAGAUAGGGCUCAAGUUGGGCGUGCCUGCAGUGGUCUUGGCUGUGCUUUCCGAAGUAUUGGUGAUUUCAAGCGAGCCAUUGAGUACCACAGCCUUCAUUUGA